CUUAAGACCCAAACCUAGCCCCCAAACCAAACCAUAACAAAGUUUUUUUUCCUACAAAUGUGAUACACGUUUGGAAUGGUCUUCUCGUUACGUCUGCGUAGCCUGCCCUUCGCGCGACGCAGGAGCCAAUCAUGUUGCAGAGGGGCGUGUCCUGCCUGGAAACUAUGUAGGAAUCCUAUUAAUGCAUCUUGGCGCUAGCUCCAAAUGUUGCUCAUUUUCCUAAGCCAGCAAAUAUGAAAUAAAUUUGUCACGUGGUUCAAGAGUCUUCCAAUAUGAUCGUCUUUGCUUUGCUCACCUGGAGUAUUCCUUCCGAAUAAAGUUGACGAAAGUUGCACCAUGGACAUGUACAGGAGGCUCUUGGUGUUGAUGGAGCUGGCUGAGAGCUGUGGGGUCAGCACACUCCUGCAAGGCUUUGAGCAGGUCUGGAGGCUUCUGCUCGUUUGUCUCCUCUGCAGGCUGCUGUUCAGGACAGGAGGUGCGUCCUCUAUGAAUCAUGUUGUGUCGCUGUUGGCGGGGAUGUACAGCCUUUUCCUCUUCUUUAACCUGCACAUGCUGUGGGUGAUGUUGCUCAGUCUGCUUUGCUACUUCGUUCUUCUUCUUGGCCGAAACUCAAGCAGCAAAGGCCUCUUCCUCUCCACUGCCAUUCUAGUUUACCUCCUCAUUGGAGAAUUACAUUUAAUUGACACAGUGACCUGGCAUAAGAUCAGAGGCAGUCAGAUGGUGGUGGCCAUGAAAGCCAUUUCGCUGGCCUUUGACCUGGACAGAGGAGCAGUCAGUGCUUUGCCCACUCCAACAGAGUUCCUUGGCUAUGUUCUUUUUGUGGGCAACGUAGUCUUCGGGCCUUGGAUCAGUUUCUCAACAUAUAAGGCUGCUAUUGUUGGCAGACAACUGAGCUGGUUAUGGCUGCGGCGUUCCUCUUCAGCCUUCUUAAAGAGUCAGAUUUGCCUGCUGGUGUCCUCUUGCGUAGCGCCAUACCUGUUCCUUUUUUUCAUCCCCAUCCACGGAAAUACCUUCAUACGCAAGUGGCUGCGUGCCUAUGAGAAUGCAUUGUCAUUCCACUUCAGUAACUACUUUGUGGGCCACCUCAGUGAAAGCACCAGCAUUCUGGCUGGAGCUGGCCGCAUUGAGGAAAAAGACAACAUCCGGUGGGAAAUGGAAGUGGUCAAACCUCUGAAUGUAGAAAUGCCUCGCUCCAUGGUAAUGGUGGUGACAUCCUGGAAUAUUCCCAUGUCACAGUGGCUUAAAAUAUAUGUCUUCAAAAAUGCCAUGAAACUUGGGACAUUUCCCGCCAUCCUGGUCACAUACACAGCCAGUGCUUUACUGCAUGGUUUGAGUUUCCAUCUAGGAGCUGUGCUGCUCUCUUUAGGCUUCAUCACAUAUGUUGAACAUGUCCUGAGAAAGAGACUCGCUGUUAUCUUCAGUGCGUGUGUCCUCUCUAGACAAUGUCCCUCUGACUGCAGCCAUCAGCAUAAGAAGGAGUAUUGGGUGACGCUACUUAACUUAGUUUUCAGUUUCUUGGCCAUCUUCCACCUCACCUACUUGGGCUCCAUGUUUGAUCCGGGUGUUGAAGAGGAAGUGGAAGAGGGUUAUGCAGCCAUCCACACCAUUCAGAGAUGGUCAGAGCUUAACUGGGCCAGUCACUGGGUCAUGUUUGUCUCCUGGGUCUUCUACCGAUUAAUCCUGUGAUGUUGUCAAAGUAGAACACAAUUGCUGGAAGACCAGUCACCCUUUCAGUCUAGCGUCAUGGAGUUGCAGAGAUCCGGAUGAAGGGACCCCACUUGUAGACCACUGAAUCUUAAUUUUUUUCCAAGAUGGAGGUCGGAGAAGAUGCAGUGAAGUAACAAAUGUUUCCUGAAAUAUGUGACCCACUCUUGGUAAGAGUCCGCAUGUCGCAAGUAGACCGUUAGUUUCGCGUAAUAUUAUAUUAUUAUAGAUAUAUAUUUUCAUAUUUUGACAUUAAAAAUAACUGUUAAGGUCUCUUAAUUUCAUGUCCCAGCAGCCCAAAGGUAGAAUUGUAGCUGAAGUGUAUGAAAACAAGUAAUUAGUAAACAAUGUGCAUCAUAAAUUAAUUGCACAUAGCAACCAAUAAAAGCCGAAAAUACACCAUAUGACCAACCACGAAACCGAACUGAAGUCGCAUGGCUGUGUUCUGAGUUCGAGCCGGUACAAAAAUAAAAUUGAUCUUCAGAUUCUAACACCAGAGAGAAAAAAAGUUGGAAUCAAUGUGAAUUUCCUACCUUAGUACCUUGAAAAAAUGCUUUCAUUGAGAAGGUGCAGUGACUGGAUAAUCCCAUGAAAACGAAUAAACAACUAAAAAAAUCAGCUACUACCGUUGCAGAACCGAUAUGAAUAGGUAGCUGCGUGCCUACAGAGACACUAGGCGAGGGAGCUCAAAGUCCUGAGCGGAUUCCAUUUGUGCAGAUGGCAAGAAAACUGAAACAAACAAGGAUCCCAGAACAUUGUACUCUAGAGGUGUCCAAACUACAGCCCGUGGGCCAUUUGUGUCCCACCAUCCAUUUUUGGGUGGCCCCAGCAUGUAGAGAACUAAAAAUAACAUUGAACACGGCCCAUUUUUUUGUUGAAUCCAAGUUUCAAACGUUCAUAACUUUCUUAAUCUUUAUCCUAUUUUCAAAAUGCUAUUACAACUUGCUAAACACAGAAACAGACAAUGUAUAAUAUAUAUCAACUUUAAUUACAGAAAGCUAAGAGUUAAGGGCCACGUUUACAAAAUAAUGGUCAAGAGCCAAACAGUUUGCAGAUGGCAGUCAGGUGAUAUGUGGUUUAAUUUGGCACUCAAACAUGCAUAGAAAAAAACAUUAAGAAUUGAGAAUGAAAAAACACUCAAAUUAAAAUCCACAGGGAGGAAUAAACAUACUGUAUAGUUAAGAUGCAUUUGUAGUAGUUAAUAUUCAUAAAAUUAGUGUUGGAAGCAACGCAAAUUAUGAGCCAUCAUGGCGUCCAGGGGUGGUCUCUGAUAUACCGUAAUUUCUUGUGUACAUUGUCACCCCCAAAAAAAUUGUCAAAAGUCAAUAGUGUGCAUUAUACAUAUGUAUAGGGGGAAAUGGAAGAAAAACAACUUCACAUUUUAUAAAUGUAUGCCGCCAUUUUGUGGUUAUGAAAAAGCUGUAGUUUCAUUCCAAUAUGCUGCCGCCACCUACAGGUUAUGAGAAAGGUGUACACUUUCAUUCCAAUAUGCCACCGCCACCUAGGGGAUAUGAAAAAGGUGUAGCCUACACUUUCAUUCCAAUAUGACAGGGGUACUAUGACUGCAUAUAUGUACAGUUGUGCUCAUAAAUUUAAAUAGAAAUAUUGUUUUGUUUUAAAUACUAUUGAUGACUGAACAACAACCAUCAUUAAUUUAUUUAUGGUUAUGAUUUGUUUAAUGAUAAUGCUUUUCUGAAAUGCUUGACAGUUUAAUUUGAAUCCUAUUAAAACAAAAUUAAGUGUUUCGCCUGGUCCUUCAUAUUGUCUUUAAAGAAUUGUACCCACCUUACAAAAUCUGCCUGGGUAAUCAAACGUAUGAGCACAACUGUGUGGUUUCUCAUUUACUAAAUAAAAGUAGGGGCUGUGAAUUUCAAAAUAUGAGCAAGUAAAUUAAAAAGCAAGUAUUACGUGUUCAAAUAAAGUGCUUAACCUCAGAGUAAUUCUCUAAAAGAAAACUAACAAAAUACAGAUAUUUUUUCCUUUUGAUGAUAUGGGUAGAAGCAAAGCAUGCAUUGUUAAAACGCAUUAUACAUGGGUAGAAGGGUUUUCCAGAAUUUUGAGGUCAACUUUGGUGGUGGGUAUUAUACAUGGGUGCGCAUUAUACACGAGAAAUUGCGGUAGUUAAUAUGAGCAGUAUUCUGUGGUUGGAAAGAUGCUGGGGGACUAUUGUUUCACAGACUGUGAUGAUGAUGAAGCCUCAGGAGAUCAGUUGUAAGCUAAGUGGGAUUUUCAAAGUUAUUUUUUUGGUUGUGACUAAUUCACCAAUUUUGGCCUAUUUCAUCUGUUGAGAGGCCAAGCUUCCUCAGCUGUUAAAAUCUCUGAUGAUGUCCUGACCUGCUAUUGGAAUUUACUUUCCAGUGGUCUUUCAAUAGUUCCUGAAAGUUUGAGGUGAAUAUCUUUUUUCGAAAGGUACUAGUUGCUAUGGACCUUUGAAAGAUGUAUGUACCAACACUUUAAACAUGUUUUUCCUCAAAACUAGGGAUUCCAACACUAAAUUGCUGUAACUUUGUAAAUGUUUUAGGUACUUUCAUGUAUUAUACAUAUUUUUUAAGGGAAUUAAAUCUAGAUUUAGAAAAUAUAAAUAUCUCAAUUUGCUUGUUUUGACCCAUGAGGACUGUUAGACACAUAUUUGUAAAUGUGAUUGUGAACUCCCAUCAUACGUAUUGCACAUAUCCUGUUUAUUUGGCAUCAAAUGUUAAUUUCAAAACAAAUGAAAAUAACUAUAUAGUAAUACCUCAUUGCAUAUGGAAGUAUUAAUUCAAAUGUUCUAUAUACAAAUGUUAUACAGUAUAAUGUCCACGUUGAAGUUUGAUUUUAGUUACAUACUGUAUGAAAAGGUGAAGCCUUUUCACGUUAUUUGUUGCCUUUUGUAUUUCUACUAUUAAAUCUAUGCACAUUAACAAACCU